AAUCUUUAAGCACGAUAUGGGUUUCUGUACAUGCCAGAGACACCCAGUUGAGAGAUUAAAUACAUGUGCAGGAGAUAGGUAAAGCAUGUUGGAAGUAUUUCUACCAAUGAUAAAGGGUUUAUAACCGGUGCUGUCAUAUUCAGGUCUAACCGACCUUAGGACUCUGCUCAUAAAAUUCUCUGGCGUAUCUAUAAGUCACAGAGGCUCACGAGGGCAGUUGAGGGACAGACACUCAGCUGUAACAUGGGUUUCGAUCAGAAGCGGAUGGUAGGAAGCAGGAAGAGUGGGAAAUGCUCCCCCAAAUCCCCCAGGUCCCUCGAUAAAUCAUCGGGCUUCUAUCGACGUCUGCAAGAUACUGAGGACAUGGAUGAUCGCUCCUCGCUCAACGAGGAGCUGAGCUGUUCGGAACUUGAGGUUAAUCUUCUCUGUGAGUCCAAGUUAGAGUCAGCAGACACCCAGGGCAAGAGUCCCCUCAUCCCAAGAAGCUCCAAGCAGAGUUCCAAGAGGAAGAGCCGGCAGAGGGCAUCCGAUCACCUUCCAGCUGCGGAUGGCAGCCAGACGCCAAUCCUGGGCAUCUCAGAGUUGGUCCAUGAGGUCCAGGAGCUCCCGACCGAACAGCCCAAUCAGGCUGUCCACUUUACUGUCCUGAGGGAAGAAACACGGUUAUUGGUCGAAGGAUUGGAGGGAAAGAAAAUGGAGGAUGGUCAAAAGCGGAAAAAACAACACAAGGCAAAGAAAUACAGAAAGAGUAUCAAUAAAGCGUUUCGACGCAGAUGGGAGUUCUUUGUCUCCAGCAUUCAGAGACGGCCUCUGUUGAACGGAUCGCAGUCCACAUAGCCCUAGUGCUAGUGGAAACCUACACAAGAUUCAACUGUCGAUGACAAUAUCUCAACAGAAACUGAUGUAAAAUAAUAAUUCUUGCAUUUGCUACAGUGCCUUUCACAUCAGGAACAUAACAACGUAAGAAUUUGCUCGGGGAAAGAAGACCCUCCUGGCACUUGCUUAUCAUAUUGUGUCCCAAACUAUAUACUGUAUCCAUCGCCCCCCCCCACUCC